CCCACGGGGUCCCGGCCCGAGCCGCACGGACCAGUGGCUGUAGGACAAUUUCACCGGUCAUUCCGGCGAGAUAGUUUGUCCCCUUACUCCUACGUUUCAACUUCGUCCCACAGCCACAGUACUUUCCCUCUGAAAAGUUUAGAUCGGACUCCGAUUCCUCCUAGAACAUGGCAGAACUCCCUUGGGAUGCACCCUGGACAAGUAGAGACGUCUCCCACUUUUUCAGAUAAAGGGGUGCCAUUUCCUGUACUGCAGAGGUUUCCAGCUGAGGUUACCUAUACGCUGCAGCCCAGCGCCACAUCCGUACAUGUUCAACAAGGUCCUCAAACAAUGGUCAGCUCCUCCCAAAAAUAUAGUAACUACACACCCUCAGCGCAGUACUCACAAGCCUACUAUCCAACAGCUGUGCUACAGUGCUGUUCUCCUUCUACACACAUGGAUGCUCUGAGUAGUUGUGUCACUCCCACUGCCUCUUCCUAUGCACAUUGCAACUACUUCCAGAAUCCUCCAAUGCAGUCCUCCUAUCCAGUUGAAUUUCUGCCUUCUAAUUGGCCCUGCAAUACUACUGAUGAAAAUAAAAAGACAGAAGUAAAUUUAGAGGCUGUCUUUCAGAUAGUAGAUGAGUUGCAUUCCUCCCCUAAAUUGGAGAUGGUAAAGGUGGAGCCUGUGGAGAAUCAGUGCCCAGCGUCUCAAUCUAACAGAGGCCAACAUAUCCUAACUAAUUCAAACAACAGUAAUCCGUCUUCUACAAGUCAGCCUAGCCAGUUGGAGACGCUUACACCUGUAGGCUCAGAUAUUACAUCUUUUGUGGUUGGAACAGAACAAGCAAUUACCUGCUCUCUACCACAGUCACCUGAGUAUAUUUAUACCAUUCACACAGCUCCACCUGUUGAAAAUAGCCCACUGCAGGAAUCUGCACCAAUUCAACAAGCUCAUGUCAAACUGAAGGAGCAGCUAAGUAAUAAUCCAUCUCCAUCUUCUGUAUUAUUUGUGCAAGAAGGACUAUCAUUUAGCACACACCAGGUUGAUGCCAAUAUAAAAUGCCAGACCAAUCCACCUGAGAAUAUCUUGCCUUCAGAACAGAUGGGAUUCCUCAUUUCAGAAAUGGGGCCUGCUAGCAAGCCUAGUAAAGACACAGGUUUAUCCACUCCAGCCAGAUACAGAGAACGAAGAAGCAACUCACAAGGAAAGUCCCCUGAUCUUCAUCUGCUGGUGGACGUGGCCUGCAAGCAGGAGCACUUUCCAAAGGAGGAAGAAUUAAAAGAGUGAGGAAUGGAUGAUACAUGUGACAUUGUGCACUAGCUGUAGCUAAAGGCAGACUAGCCUUGCACAUGACAUGCUGUUAGGAUUUUUUCAGUUCUGUUAAGGAAAAAAAGUAUUUUUGUUUUGUUAAUUGAGAAUUUUGUUCAUUGAGAAUUGAGAAUUUGGUAUUUACUACAGCGAUUUAUUUUAGAUUAUUUGCCUUGACAAACUUCUAAACAUCUAGCAGCCAUUUUUUUUUUCUGCCCAGAUAACUUUCAAAUGAAAAGUCCUGGACUUCUGUUACAGCCGAAAAGCUUCUAAAAUCUGCUGCAUCUAAGGUACUGAAGACAAAUCUGCAUGUGUGCUGAUUGGCUGUCUUGCCACUCUCAAACUAGUCAGCACAACUCCAGUGGGGAGUUCAGUCUCUGUUUCAAGUCACAGUGUGAUCCUUUUAGAGAAGAUUGUGUGAGAAACAAAGACACGUGAGGUCACCAAGAUCACAGGGCUAAAUGGGUCAGGAAUUCCAGGGAAGAAACUCUGGGGAAGAGCUAAUUUUCUAAGCGAUUAACCAGGAAAGUCUCUUACUUCCUAACCCAGUAUUCUGUUUCAAGAGCAAGGCAUCCAGACUUGGACUAUCCAUCACACUUAGCAGCCCCUGAUUCUUUUAUAUUAAUGGGAGCAUUCUCCUAUUUUCGUGUAUUUCUUUAUUUUAAUGAUACAUUAUCAUAAAUGAUAGGAAGGUUUUGUUAAUAUAUCACUUAUUUAAAUAUCUGCUAAAGAAAAGUAUUUAACUUGUUUAAUAUAAUUGUAUUUAUAAAUGCUGGUAGAUUUAAAGGUUUUAAAGCUCUAUAUUUUUAUCAUUAUUGCAGGAUGGAAGGAUAAAGGAUUCAUGUGUAAUAUUUUUAUUUUAAAGGAGAAAGGGUACAAUGUGUUAACAAAAACAAGAGACAACACAAUGUUUUCUUAUUUUAGAUUUUUGCGUUCAAUAAGUAAAAAUCCUCAUCUAUAUAAGGUGUUGUGUGCAAAUUUGGGAAAAAACAGAUUAGUAGUCAUUUAGCAGAAGCUGUGCCUCAGAUUUUAAAAAAUAAUUUCUAUCUGAUUUAAGCUUCUGAAAGAAUUUUGGAUAGUGGGAUAGACUAUAAAAUUUUUUUCUUAUCCCUUCUAUAAAAUUCUAAGUCUUAGUAGUAGAUUUUGGGCCUUUAUUUUAUUUUUUAGGAGAGAAGGAUAUCUUGGAUGUACACUUUCUGUGGCUGAUCCCUUACUUGCUCAUCCAAUGACACAAGAAUCUUUCUGAUUUAAAACCUUUUAAAUUGACUGUACCUUUCUAUUGGAUUCUGCUUCAGUUUUCCUCAUAAGCACUGCAGAAACAAAAGGAAAGCCCAGGAAUAUGAAAUUAAUUUAAAAGAAAAGGCACUUACUGAUAUGACAUCUCACUAUUGUGGGUGUAACAGUUCAUUUCCUAUAUUGCAUUAUGCCUUUCCAAUGAUAUCAAACCCUAAAAGUGUUGGGGUGAGCUCUGUAUUGGUCUGCAGUGAUUCAGUUUAGGUAUUAAAGUAGGCUCUGAAAAGUGUCCUGUCUGGUCCAUUUGAUAAGGCUAUGUGAUAGACAUUUAUUCAUCUUUAAUAGCAAGGUUUAAAAGAUGAAAAAAUUAUCAAGAUGGCUACAUCUUUUGACCAGACUAUAUAAUAUUUUGGCAAUGUCUAAAUGAAAGAACUCUGCCUUUUCUCUGUCAUGUUGAAGAACUGACGUACUAUGUAGGUGAUAUUUCUUUCCUUAAAUAUGGCCUUCUUAGCUUUAUAUAUGUUGAGAUAAUAUCUUUUGAGAAAUAUGUGUCAAGCAGGAACUUUGGCAUAGAUUUGGUUUCAGUGGUUUUAAGACUCAGUUAAUGAAAUGCCUUAAUCAGCUUUCCAAACAUUUUUAUACAUGACUGCAACAGACCAAGGAGCUGGAUCUCCUACUAUACUCACAUGUCUGGUACCUAUCAACUAAAGCUAUCCUUAAUGACUUGGGCAAAAUGACAAAAGGUAUAAUAAAAAUCUUCUUGUAAAUUAAUCAGUAGGAUCUGACACAACCAGUCAACUAACAAGGUUCCUGACUGGCACCUCAGUAUUUCAGCACCUUAACCACUGACAAAUUUCAGUCAAUCAACAAUAAAGUGAGCGUUCCAACU